GGGUAGCUAUCUAUGGGAUUUUACUUUUGUUGACCUUGAGGAUACGUGGAAAAAGAUACAUCAUUAUUUAUCACUUCCUCAGCGUGGUCAAACUUUAAAGUAUUCCGUCUCAGGAUUUACGGCUCCAAUUAGGGUAUAACAAUUUUCUUAUAUUUAAAUUGUUUUAUUGUUAUAUUUUUUAUUUUAAUUUUAACUUUUAUUACUGUUAUUGUACAAAAUUGUAGAUAUGGAUAUAUGAGAUCAUUCCGGCUGUUCGUGCAUGUGGAUUUGCAUUGAGAAAAAAUAAAGACUUGCCUCGGAUGAAAAGAUGGAGCGGAACAAAAAAAUUGAAAUGGGUUGACAUGAACAAGAUUUGGUCAAAGAUGCAGGAGGGGCUACCACCAAGACAAAACAUGUUACCGGGUGAUGGUGAGAUGACAUCUUUUUAUUAUAUGUCAUUUCAAGAGUAUGUAUAUGGUGAAGGGAAAGCAGUUCCAUCCCCAGUACGGGACCAUUUUAGGAGACAAGACGAAUCUUCGUCUAGUAUGUCGUCCAGUGGUCGCUCUCAUGGUAGAGGUCGGGGCAGUGGGAAACACAAGCUAGACGAGUUGUUGAAACGGGUACAUGCACUGGAGCAGCAUGUGUUUAUGAAUCAACAAAAACCUACAAAGGUUUUUGUUGAAGAAGUGAAUAAUGAACAAUUUUGGAACGACAUUAUUUUUGAGGAACCGACAGUGUCACAAAGAAAUUAUGAUGAACAGGUGUUGGAGGAGAGUACUCAGUAUGUGGGGAACAAAUUUGAUGAUGAUGUGUGUGAUGUAAACGAUUAUAGUGAAGUUAAAGAGGUUAUUAUAUAG